CCACAACAACUGAAGCAACAGCAACUGAAGCAGCAACUGAAGCAACAACAACUGUAGCAACAACAACUGAAGCCACAACAACACCAGCAACAACAACUGAAGCAACAACAACUGAAGCAACAACAACUGAAGAAACAAUAACUGAAGCAACAACAACUGAAGCAAUAACAACUGAAGCCAUAACAACUGAAGCAACAACAACUGAAGCAACAACAACUGAAGCAACAACAACUGAAGCAACAACAACUGAAGCAACAACAGCUGAAGCAACAACAACUGAAGCAACAACAACUGAAGCAACAACAACUGAAGCAUCAACAACUGAAGCAACAACUACUGAAGAAACAACAACUGAAGCAACAACAACUGAAGCAACAACAACAACAGAAGCAACAACAACUGAAGCAACAACAACUGAAGCAACAACAACUGAAGCAACAACAACUGAAGCAUCAACAACUGAAGCAACAACCACUGAAGAAACAACAACUGAAGCAACAACAACUGAAGCAACAACAACAACAGAAGCAACAACAACUGAAGCAACAACAACUGAAGCAACAACAACUGAAGCAACAACAACUGAAGAAACAACAACUGAAGCAACAAUAACUGAAGCAACAACAACUGAAGCCAUAACAACUGAAGCAACAACAACUGAAGCCACAACAACUGAAGCAACAACAACUGAAGUAACAACAGCUGAAGCAACAACAGCUGAAACAACAACAACUGAAGCAACUACAACUGAAGCAUCAACAACUGAAGCAACAACCACUGAAGAAACAACAACUGAAGCAACAACAACUGAAGCAACAACAACAGAAGCAACAACAACAACAACAACAGAAGCAACAACAACUGAAGCAACAACCACUGAACCAACAACAACUGAACCAACAACCACUGAACCAACAACAACUGAACCAACAACAACUGAACCAACAACAACUGAACCAACAACAACUGAACCAACAACAACUGAAGAAACAACAACUGAACCAACAACAACUGAAGCCACAACAACUGAAGCAACAACAACAGAAGCAACAACAACUGAACCAACAACAACUGAACCAACAACAACAGAACCAACAACAACUGAACCAACAACAACUGAACCAACAACCACAGAAGCAGCAACUACUGAAGCAACAACAACAGAAGCAACAACAACUGAAGCCACAACAACUGAAGCAACAACAACUAAAGCAACCACUACACCAGGAACAACAACUGAAGCAACAACAACAGAGGCAACAACAACUGAAGCAACAACAACUCCAGCCCCAAGUAUGUUGUUUUUUUUUGUCUUUUCAAAUAAUGUUUACGGUUCGAUUUUUAAAGAACUGCUUGUUAUCUAUCUUUUUUUAGUGAAAUACUUUGGACAGAUCAUCUUAGCUAUUGUAUUCGUUGAAGAUCUGCAAAACCCGGGGAGUGCAGAAUAUAUUUCCCUCGUAAACACUUUAAUUAACCUGGUGAGUGGAAAGUUCUGAAUAGUUAAAUGUUUUGACAAUAGAGAGGUUAAGAUACCCCGGUUCCGGUUUACGGGUACGAGUAUCGCCAUUUUGUUUAGCGAGUUUUGCUGAUGUCAGCAUUUUUACCCGUAAUUUCAGCCCGUUUCCCCGCGGUAAACCAAGGUCUACACGUAAAAGACAAACGGGUACGGGUGUUUUCUGUUUACUAUAUGUGGGCCGUUUAAAUAGUAAAAAUUUUCAACAUCUUACCCAAAUAAAUAAUGCACAUAUGUUCGUCAAAGCUUUCAACAAUUUAUAGCGAACCUCAACAGUGAAAGUUACCAUUCUCUGAUCGGUUUUCACACACCGGAAUAUCUUGUAUUUCUUAAGUUACAAGUCGUUCCCCGAUUUACGGGUACGGGUACGUGUAUACCACCCGUACCCAUAAACCGGAACCGGGGUAUCUUAACCUCUCUGAUGACCGUUGAAAUAGUUUCAUAUUUUUUUAGAUUUCCCAAUUGUAUUCAAGCAACAAUAACUUUGUUCGUGUCAUAAUAAUUGGAUUCAGGUACUACGACCAUUUAAGGCUUUUUUUUAUAAAAUCUUGAGUCGUUUCGUGUUUAUUGUUCGGCGUAGGUAGCUAUAGCGAUGAACAAUAAUCUUGUGAAAUUUAGUGUUUGGAAACCAGUGGAGGUAGUAUAGUGGUAGUAUUUCUGCAGUAAGUUGGUGUUGUUCGUGUCUGAACUAUCUGAAAACGAUGUCUCAAUCUGAGUGUCCAAGUAGUAUUUUACAAUACACUUGCAGUGAUUUGUGUCUGACCUACCUGAAAAAGAUAUCCAGGUCCAGUGCGGAUAAUAUUCUACAAUAAUCUGCCGUGGGUUGUGUCUGCUCUACCUAAAAACAUAUCUCAAACGUGGAAGUCUAGUGCAGGUCGUAUUCAGCGAUAUGUUUUCCUGGAUUAUGUCCGAACUACCUUGUAGUUAUAGUUUCGACCAAACCGCAUGGUAGCCCAUUGAACAUCUCUAGGUGAUGUUAUAAUCCAUCAUGUUUUUGUUUUGUUUGUGUGCCACAGACCAGGAAGUGUUUUCGUUAAUUUUACCAUGGAGUUCCAAUCACCAACCGACUCACCUCUAACAGAACUGGAGCAAGGCACAUCUACUGGAAAACUUGGUGAUUAUCCAGUGGUACCAAACAGUGUUGGUCUUCAAGGCGAAGGUAUGGUAUCACCUUCUACUAUGAUGUAGUGUAAAGAUAGAGGCUAAUUAUAGGUUGUUAUUUGCUAUACUACUACAUUUUUUAAAAUUCUAUUCAUUUUUUAAAAUUCUAUUUAUUUGUGACCAAGAUACAACAGUUGACCACCAUCUACUGCAUCAUAGUGCUUAGUUAACCUAACUCGGAGUGAAAAUAUUCAAUGACCUGCAUUGUCGAGGCUUGCCUGUAUGGUCAUGAGCACUGGUGAAAACUACCAAUAAGCACAACUUAUGUAGCUUUGUCUCUUCCAUUCUAGCAAUGACAUGUCAGUCUAAUCCGUGCCAUGCAAAUGCCACGUGUACUGAUACCGAUGUGUUCUACACAUGCACGUGUCGAUCAGGAUAUGUCGGUAACGGUUCGCACUGCCAAGGUAUGGGGAAAGCCUAUUAGGCAAUUCCAGCUAUAGACUACAUUUUGAUCUAGGCAAGAGGAACAAAAUCCAUCAUCACAGCUAGAAAGGGCAUGUUAAAAUUAGUAAAAUCGCAAAGUUUGGUUGCGAAAUGUUGUAAAAUGCGGAAAAUAUAGCCCUGCGAAAUUUGCAAAUUUUGUAUUAAUUUGUAUUACGCGCGGGAAAAUGCACCACUUUCGGCCCAAGCUAGAUAAUUCAGUAGUCAUUUGAAUGAUUCUCUUCAGCAAUCAAGUGUGAUUCAAGUCCCUGCGAUGAAAAUGCCAUUUGUGAAAACACUGCGUCUUCAUAUACUUGCUCUUGUCGCUCUGGCUUUACUGGGAAUGGUCACAUGUGUCAAGGUAUGAACGUUAAGUUAAUCAAAAUAUAUUUUGUAAUUUGUUAGUUUUUUAAUAUUCGACGACCCUUAUUGGUCCUCGAUGAGUAGAACAUGCAUUUAGUCUUGGAAGAGUAUAUCCAGCCCAUUUAGCUUAGUUUAUAUAGAACUAUACACUACAAAAUAUGAAGUGUUUUAAGUUAUUCAUCCUGUUUUUUGUCAUUGAGACGUAUCUUUUAUUUCAUCUCUCUUACUCUAGCUGUGAAAUGUAGUUCAUUCCCAUGUCAUUCCAAGGCCAUAUGUCAAGAUACGGAAACUUCACAUACAUGCACUUGUGGAUCUGGCUACAGCGGAGACGGCACGGAAAAUUGUUUUGGUGAGUAAUAUUAUAAACGUGUUGUUAAUGGAGUCAAAUCACUUGAUGAAAAAUCAAUUUUUGGAAAUCUAGUGUCCGUCUAUGAUGGUUUGUUUCUAUAGUAUCAACUAUGUAUUCUUUGCCAAUUUCUUACGUUGCUUUGUAGAUGUUGACGAGUGCCUGGAGGAUCCUGGUAAUUGUAAAGCAGGAGAUAAAUGUCAGAACACCGCUGGUUCUUAUACCUGCAGACCAGGUAAAAUAACAAAAUUCUCCAACUCAAUGCGCUGAUCUGCGUCAGACUUAUGCGGACUUUAGUAAUUAAAUCCUGGUUGCAAAUUGCAAUAACAUUGUUGCUCGUAGUACUGUUGCAUAGUUGAUAUAUGAAACGCAGUCUCAAAAAUUAUUCUGUUUUUUUUUCUCGCUUUUUAUCUCAAGGUGUGGGAUAUCGUGUUCGGUUGAGAAUCGUCGCCAUAUUUACAAUAGAUUUGUAUGACAGAUAUAGUGUGACGUUCAUACUCUAUCGAAUCAGACUAAGAAGUGCGGUGAGUCGUCGUUUUGUAUAUUUUGCAGAUUGCAUCAAAAACAGAAACAUAAUUGAUGAAAUUUAAUGCGUUCAAAAUUAUUACAAAUCAUCCAUUUUCAAAUCUAUAAACUACAACCUGCCAUAUAUAUUUCUGACAGCUAGAAAAGACAGCUAGAAUUUUCUUCCAUCUUAAUUUUCUUCCAGUAAAACGUCUACAAAAAGCGCAGGUUUCUUCUGGUUUCUUCCUGAAGUAACACCGAACCAAGAAGGUUUACAUCCCUAUGAUCAAACCAUAACUCUUGUAGCAUCCUUCACCGUUUGGACGCAUAUAUUUUUAUCCCCCUCAUAUUUUUUUAUAGUGUAACAGAGCCUAUAGUAAUAAUCCGCGAUAUAUUGGUAUCAUUGUCCACGGCUUCAGGUAAAUACAGCUUUGCAUCUUUUAUUCAGCUUGCCAACCAGCCAGAUGCCGUUAGAUUGCCUGGUACCAAUAUGAUUAGAUUGAUUGGUUGCAGAUAGAUUGUAACGGUACCAAUAUGGCUUGCAGCAGACCUGUAAGCCAUGCGGACAGAUGUAGGUCGAUCAGCCUGCUAGCCAGCCAUGCAGCCAGGUAUCGGUUGGUUGGUUAUCAACCUAUCUGUCCAUGCAUAUAUUAUUUAUUUAUUUAUGUAUUUAUUUAUUUAUUUAUUCAGUCCUGGCAGCGUUAAUGCAAAUGUGACAGUACUUUUCAAGGAGCCAACAACAGCACCACUAGAAGAGAUCGAACAAGCUGUUUCAAAUGGAACGUUUGGGGAUCUUAAUGUGUCUUCAGUCGUUCCCUUGCCUUCAGGUAAAUUUUAACUAUUGUUUUCAGGCAGUUGGUUGGUCGGUUGUUUAGUCAUUCACUUGGUCAGUCGAUCAGUUGGUUGGACGAUCUGUCAUUCACCCCAGACGGUCGGUCGGUCGGUCGGUCGGUCGGUCGGUCGGUCAUUUGGUCAGUCGGUCGGGGAAUCAGUCCGCAGUUGGUUGGUAACUCAGUUAGUCAGUUUAGUCCACCAGUCAUUUGCCAAUUGCAAUCAUUAUAAAUCAACUGAGUACUUUUUAUUUUUUUCUUAGAUGACGAUUCAAGCUUUUUUGGUAGGUCCAUUUUAAGAAUAUUUUUUGUUCUUUCUGGUUACGUUGGAUGUUGAGUGAAAUAUGCAAUGAAUUUGUUGUUUUUUUAAAUAGUUUUGAAAGAAGAUGUGAAAACGGUGAAAUAUUUAAUACAGGCAGUCAUGAUUGUUCUUGCAGUGUCGAUCCUUAUUGCGACCUGUUUGUUGAUUGCAGCAUUGGUCAAUAUGUAAGUAAACGUUUUCGACCAAAUCUUUGAUCAUCUGAGUUGCCAAAUUCCCAAGGAAAUAUGUCCGCCUGGGGAACGAGACCACUGGUGUUCGCCCCCCCCCCUAGUUUCCUGAUCAGUGAGGCCAAAUUGCCUAGGAAACAGGGAAAACGAGGGGGGGGGGAGAGAAAGUUUAAGGGGGACCAAAUUGGUACAAUGAAACUAACGUGAAUUAAAACAUUCCUCCUUAGAUACACUACACCAAAAACACCACCACGAUCAUGGAGAAAAGAUCCUUAUAGUAUGUAUAAUACAAUAACUACACCGUCUCGACCCGGAGACAGAUCAAACAUAAUGAGGUACUAUUAUUACGAACGAGAUGCUAUUUUUAAUGAUUAA